AUGGCUGAAAAUAUAGGAGUUACAAGAUUUCGCGAAUAUUUGAGAGUGAAUACCGAGCAACCAAAUCCGGAUUAUGGUGAGCUUUUUUUUUAAAGAUUUUCUCGUGAAAGCUAGAUUUAUCAUGUGAAUUACUCAUGUGAGAAUCGAAGAAUCAAAGAACAUUUUUUGCAGUUGCUUGCCGUGAUUUUCUUUUCAAAUAUGCUGAUGAAUUGGGAAUCCAAAGAAGAGCUGUUGAGGUAAACCAUCUCAUAAAUAAUGAAAUUUGCUCAAAACUUUAUUCCAGACUGCUCCAAACACAUUUUUCGUAAUUAUGACAAUUCCCGGAACAAAUCCAUCAUUAAAAUCAAUAAUGUUAUACUCGCACACAGAUGUUGUUCCAACUUUUCCAGAACAUUGGACAUAUCCACCAUACUCGGCGCAUAAAGAUGAAAAAGGAGAUAUUUAUGCGAGAGGAGCGCAAGAUAUGAAAUGUGUUGGUGUUCAAUAUAUGGAAGCUAUUCGAAAAUGGUUUUCGAAAGGUGUCAAACAAUGGCCAAGAACAAUUCAUUUGGUUUGGGGACCUGAUGAGGAAAUUGGACAUGUUAAUGGAAUGAAAGGAUUUUCAUUGACGGAGGAGUUUAAGAAAUUGAAUAUUGGAUUUACAAUGGAUGAGGGAAUUGCGUCAGAAGAUGGGGUUUAUAAAGUUUUCUACGCUGAAAGAAUUCCAUGGUGUGAGUUUUUUGGGGAAUUUCGGCAUAUGAACCUGGAUUUUUAUCCUCUUUAUAAAAUAUUAUAAUUGGAAUUCAUUUGUUGAGCAUCUUUUGAAUACUGUCUUCAAAAAAUAAUAUUUUUUCCCUCAAUUUUUUUUUUCGUUCAAAAAUUUGUAAAUCUGGAAGGUCUUCCAGUUUUACAAAUCCAUCAUUUUCGAGCCAAAUUUCAAGAUUUUAGGCUGAAAUUGAUUGGAAUUCAUUUGUUGAGCAUUUUUUGAAUACUGUCUUCAAAAAAUAAUAUUUUUUUGAUCAAUAUUUUUUUCGUUCAAAAAUUUGUAAAUCUGGAAGGUCUUCCAGUUUUACAAAUCCAUCAUUUUCGAAUCAAAUUUCAAGAUUUUAGGCUGAAAUUGAUUGGAAUUCAUUUGUUGAGCAUCUUUUGAAUACUGUCUUCAAAAAAUAAUACUUUUUUCCUCAACUUUUUUUUCGUUUAAAAAUUUGUAAAACUUUUCAAAUUCCAUUUUUCCAGGGGUAAAAGUAACUCUUCCCGGUCAACCUGGUCACGGCUCGAAAUUCCUCGAAAACACGGCAAUCGAAAAAUUGCAAAGAUUGAUUUCGAGUGUUUCCGAAUUCCGAAAUGAGCAAAAAACGCUUCUCGCAUCGAAUCCUGAAUUUACCACCGGUGACGUCACAACCUCAAAUAUGACAAUCAUAAAUGGCGGUGUUCAAGUGAAUGUUAUUCCAGAAAAAUUUGAGGCUUGUGAGUUUUUUUUUCAAAGAGAUUUUUUUAAAAAGAAAACAAAAAAAAUAAUUUUCAGUCAUUGAUAUUCGAGUUACUCCUCGUCAAGAGUUAGACGAAGUCAAAUCACGUAUCGAUAAAUGGAUCAAAGAUGCUGGAGAAGGUGUAACCUAUGAAUUUAUGCAGGUAAUUAAUUAAUCAAUUUUGGUUUUAAUUUUAAUUUCAAAACAAAAUGCUUUUAACCUCCACCCGCGUUGUGCUUUUUGUCAUUCAUUUUUAAUUUGUUUACAGUCCUCUAAUCCUGCGGAUAAAUCGACUUAUGAAUUUAAGCAGGUGAGAGAAUUUGUGUUUUUGGUGACCUUUGUUGGCUUGAUGUUUAUUUAUUAGUCAUUAAUUAAUUGAGACAGGAUUUUUUGUAGUAUUCGAACUUCAAAUCGAUUUCGCCACAUACGAGAGAGGAUCCAUUUUGGUCGGCCAUUGAGGAUACAUUGAACAAGGAGUGAGUUUAGAAAAAAUGUUGUAGGUCAUAUCGGGUUCAAAAUUAUUUUCAAAACAUUUUUCUGGUAAAAAUUUCAAAAAUGUACUCUGAAAUUCGGCUCGUGGAAAAACUUUUUCCUUGUAAUUUCCGGAUCUGAAUACGGUAGAGAAAAUGUAGAAAAAUUGAACAAUUUUUAAUUUGAGAAUUUAUUUUUGAGAAUUCAGAAAAUUCUUUUUUGAAAAUUGAACCCCCAAAAUUCAGAAUAUAAACGUGAACUGAUACGUGGCAAUUUGGAGAUUUCAAUUUCAAAAAUGUGACUGAAACUUUUUCACCUCAAAACCUUUUUUUUUUCCAGAAAUUGUCCAUUCAAAAAAGAAAUUUUCAUCGGAGCAACAGAUUCAAGAUUCGUUCGAGCUGUAAGUUCCCACCCUUGUCUCUCUUAAAAUACUUCUCGAAUCUUUUUCAGCAAGGCGUAAGUGCCAUCGGAUUUUCGCCAAUGAUCAACACUCCUUCCCUUCUCCACGAUCACAACGAAUUUUUGAACGAAAACGUGUUUUUGAGAGGUGUCGAAAUCUACGAAACAUUGAUCAACAAUCUUGCAAAUGUAAAUUGA